AUGGCCGAGUUCGCCAUCAACAACGCGGUGCAUGCCUCGACUGGGCAUACACCCUUCUUCGUGAACGCCAUGAGGCAUCCACGCCUUCCGAGUACACUCGGGGCGGUGCCUUCCUCCUUAAGUGGGGGAGGAUCUACGGUUGCGUCCGAACAACCACAGAAUUCAGCUGAUACGAACCUAUCAGCUGCGAUGACACGCGCGAGAGCGAGAGCCCGCACACGACAAAGCGACAUGCCAGUGCCGGGCACUGACACUGUGAAGAACCACGAGCAGGCGACACCUGCUGCGACCAAGAACAAUGUGUCUGUGCGGGGCACAGACACCGAGAAGACUCACGCGCAAGCCGGCCCGGCAUCGAUACUGAAAAGGCCGGGCAUCGAUACUGAGAAGAUUCACGCGCAGGAUGGGCCUGCUGCGAUCACACACAAAGUGUCAGUGCCGGACACUGACACCUCAAAGGGCCACGCACAGUCGGGGACUGAAGCGACUACAAGUGGCGGAUCUGUGUAG